UUGAACGCACUGAAGUCGGAGAUUUUUUAAUUCCCAGUUGUUUUGAACGUGGCACAAGAGUGACGUUGCUGGUAGCAUACACGUAGCCUAGUAGGAUGUGUUCAUUGAAUAUGGCGGCUGUGUUUCAGCCUCACUGUCCUGUACAUUUCCAAGUCAGAGCUCAACCUCUUCAGUGACGUCACUAUCGAGUGGCCUGGUCCUUGGACCUGUCAGAACUGCAGCCAUGCAGCCCCCUCCUCGGACCGGCCCCCCUGGUGCAUCCGGCCCCCCUCCUGCCGGCGUUGGGCCCAAUGCCUUCCGGAGGACAAGGCCCCACAAGCAUACAGGAGCAGCGGUCAUGGCGGGACUACCAGCCCAGCCCAUGACAGACCCCUUUGCAUUUGGCAGGCAAGCCCCUCCUCCUAUGGCUACAGGUCACCUGCCGCCACCCAAUAGCAGCCCUCUGCCUUUGCAAGCCCUGCCUCCCGGUAUGUACCACCAGGCUGGCAUGGGUCAGGGGCUGCACCAACCACAACCACUGGAUAGUGCACAGGCUGGGGCUGUGCCCCUUGGCCCACCACCGCCCUCUACCCCUGGGGUAAGCAUCUUAACCCCUCACGGUACUGCGUCCCCUGUCCCUUUCCCUGGACAGCAACCUGACCCGCCAGGCCAUGCACCACCAAGUGCAGAGCAGGGCUAUUUUAACUCUAGGGAGCCAGCCCCCUCGAUGACCCCAGGACACCUUCCCAUGGCCUCAGCCGCUAUGUCUGGCCAAGCGCCUUAUGGUCAGGACCACGGAGGAGACCAUCACCCUCAGGCGAUGCCCUUUAAGCCUGUGCCUCCCGUUUUGUCUCAGUGGGUGCCCGAUCAUGGGAGCCGCCCCCCGUCGGUUCAGAACUAUUUCCAACCCACUAGUGAUCCUCUACCCCAGGUUUGUAAUGCCCCUCCCCAGUCCCAAAUAUCUCCACACACACCCUUGCCCUGCAACACCCCUCCAACAAACCCCCAGCAGCAACACCAGCCCCAACCACCACCUCAGCACCCAGACAGGCCAACUAGCUCCCAGUGGCCUGACCUGGCAGGUGCGAACACACCCCAGCAACACAACGCCCAUUUUCAGGCUCAGACCUACUUCAGCCAGAGCUCAGCCACCCUGGACUCCUGGUUCAACCAGCACCCCCAGGACCUGGUCUACCACCAGAUGGGAGCUGGCCCUGGCCUGGCUCGGCCCGACUCAGCCAGAACUCACUAUCGGCACGACUCGGCCGGGUCUCACCAUGGAUCCCACUAUGGAUCUUACCAUGCAUCAACCCCUGGCCCAGCGCCGGUCCCAGCGCCGGUCCCCUUCAUCCCAGACGGCACCAUCUCCAUGUUUUUCAAAGGAAACGACGUGGAGAACGAGGAGACCCUCGCCGGAGAGGGAGCCAGAGCAGUGAAUGGGCUCCAGGACUUCCAGCCCUCCCAUAAUCACCAGCAGAUGUCAUGCCCUCAACCCCAAGCCAACCCGGUGGCGGGUGCAGAGGCCACCCACAGUUACCGUGGUCCCCCCCCACAAGCUGGCCAAUCAUUAACCUACAUGAACGAUGGUAACUUUCCUGGAGCUGGCAAACCCAUCCAGCAGAAACCUGCUGAGGCCCAGUUUGACCAUGUGGAGAACCUGGAGUGUGUGCCCAACCAGGAAGUCCUACCCAGCGAGCCCCAGAGCAACCCUGCUGUAGCAGCCGCCCACGGGGGAGAUUGCUACGAGGCAGGCCCCAAUCUGGAGACCCCCGACUCUGUCCCCCGGCCCAUACGUUCUGCCAGCGUGUCCUCUAGCUACAGCAACUUGAGCCACGGCAGCGGCACUGGUACAGUUCCACGCCGGCACCAAGGAGUGGUGGGCACCUUCAUCCAGCAGGAGAGCCCUCGGCCCUCAGAGGACGCAUUCUCCUCAGCUGCUGCCGGAGGCUACUUUGAGCAGAUUGACACCUCUCCGGCCGGGGAUAUGGCUGCUGCUUACCAGAGCAUCCCGGAGAGAAUGUGCCACAGCCAACCCCCUACGCCCAGUCCUCCCAAACCCACCGGCAUUUUCCAGGCUAGUGCCAACUCCUCCUUUGAGCCUGUGCGCUCACACAGUGUCGCAGUGCGCCCAGCGGAGGUGGACCGUGCCCGGAUGGUGGCGGAGAGGGGCUCUGACUCUCUGCCUGGGAACCUGGAGCAGCCUCCAGACAACCUUGAGAAUAUCUACGGAGCAGCUACAGGGCACACUCAAGCUGGGGAUGGAGCUGGGGCACCUCCUCUUGCAUACCCUCUGAGUCACUCCCACUCCAGGCCCUCGUCCCGGGCUCAUGUGGCCCACCGGCCCUGUGAGAGCCCUGCCACCACCCUGUGGGCCCAACAUGACCCCGCUAGCCUGGGAACCAACAUCCUGCUGGUCCCCGCUGCCCCUCCGGUCCUUGCCCCACUGCGAGAGCCCAGUGCCGAGGUCAUCCAGCCCCCCGAGGAUGGCUCCUUGGACCUUCAGCCCCCUCAACGUGCCCCUCCGCCCUCCCAGCACCCCUCGGAGAACCUGGAGAACCCUCCUAAGGUGAGUGAGGGGGACACGUCUGACUCGCAGCCCAAUCUGGGCUAUGCCUCUCUCCUGGUGUCUGAAUCGCUCCACCAGCCCGUGUUGAUUGCCCCACCCACCUCCAAUUACAGCGUGAUUCCUCCCAGUAACCCUGCACUCGCAGCCAAUCAGGUCAGCCCCAGGGAGGUCACAGUACCUGUGAGGCCACCCUCACAGGCUCAAGGGGCCAGUGCCGCACAGCCCGGUCCUCCCUUGAGCUCCAAUCAGAACCCAUUAUUUGCCCCUACACCAAUGAGCUUCAGCGUCGCCUCUAGUCAGAGCCCUCUCAAUCUUGUUCGGGAUGACAGGGAAGGGGUUAAACCAGAGAUCACGCCCCCACCAUCCCAGUCCCAGCCUGCUCGCUCCCCUCUCUCAAAGGUCCAAUCAACGUGCAGAAACAACCAUUCUUCUCUACCUGUUAAUUUGCAGGCUCCUCUUCCUGCUGCUCCUGGUGCCGGCAAUUAUAAUCAGCUCUCAAAUUACGAGCUGCUUGAUUUUUCUAUGCACCAAUCUCAGAUCCCAAACCAAGCCGCAGGGCUGCCACCUCUCUCCCUCCAGCAGGGCCCGCCCCUCGCGAGUAACGCUCCUGGGUUUUACCUGCAGGUCACCAAAGAUGCUCAGCAGGUGAGUAGAGGCAAUGGGGACGCCUCCACAGCACAGAUGCCUGCCGAUCCCAUGCCCCCCCCAGUGGCCCCAAACACCCAACAACCACCCUCUGAGCCACCCAUGGUGCCACAGCCUGGGCACCAAGGCCAAGGAGAUGACCCUGCAGCCCCUCUCAGUGGAGCACCACCACCGCAAGGGCAGUACCCAACCCCGAUGCAGGGUCCUGUCACAGGGAAUGCACCCACCCCCUCUGUGGCUUAUCCUGGGCCUCGGGGACAUGUGCCUCUAGCCAACCCUCAUCCACCAGGAACCGGGGUUCCUUCAGCCCAGCCAGCCCCUACAGACCCACCGCGACCUCCCUCGUCUCUGGGAAGCCAGCUGGGGUACGGCCCACCUCCCCCAGGGCAGGUGUAUGGGGGAUACUACGGAGGUGCCUACCCGGAGUACCCAGAUGGCAGAGGAUCAUAUCUUCCUGCUCAGUACCCACCUGCACCUGUGGACCCCAGAGCACAGCAGUAUUAUCAGGAUGACCCAUACAUGAUAGCAGACCCUCGCUAUGGCAGAUAUGAAGGAGCCAACCCAGCCUACCCCCCAUACAGAGAGCCCCAGCCAGAGAGACCCAGCUCCAGAACCAGCCAGUACUCAGACAGACCCUCCUCCAGGCAAGGUUUCCCCCCUGAAGAAUAUCAGAGAGCUAACCGAAGUGCUUAUGAUGACUACUAUGCAGAGUAUUACAAAAACCAGUACGGAGACCGGAGCAGGUGGGAGGGCUACAAUGCUUCAGCAGGCACUUAUGACCCCCGCUACAGAGACUACUACGACCAGAACUAUUGGUACAACUACAACCCUGAGGCCUACCGGGGCAGGGAGGCAGCCUACUACAACCAGCAGCCCUCCCAGCAGUACCCUGCCGCUACCACCAGGCCACAGGGCUAUGACGACAAGUGGCGCUAUUAUCCUGGUUACGAUGCCAGUUUUGACGAUGACUACCGGCGGCAGAGGGACCAGUACAAGGACGAUUUUGACCGACGGAGCGUCCACAGCGAACAGUCGGCCCACAGUCUACACAGCUCCCAAAGCCAUCGCAGCCGACGCAGCAGCUUUAGCUCUCGCUCACAACAGAGCGAGGUGUACAGGUCCCAGCCUGACCUGACAGCAGUUUACGACCCCACUGUUUCUACCCUGCCUGUGGACUACUCCUAUGGACAAUACCCAGAACAGAUGGAUCCCGGACAGAGCUUCAGCCAGUACCCUUACACCUCGGGCUACCAGGCAGACAACAGCACCUGGGUCGUCGCUGAGCAGCCUCCUCCUCGUCCCGUUACUCCAGAGAAGUACUCGGUAUCCCACCGCUGUGCCCGCUUCGGGCCAGGUGGUCAGCUGAUCCAGGUCCUGCCCAACCUCCCCUCGGCCGGCCAGCCUGCUCUAGUGGAGAUCCACAACAUGGAGACGAUGCUGCAGGACACACCAGACCAAUCCGAGCUGCGCUCCUUCCCCGGACCGCUUUUGAAGGAGGAGACUCACAAGGUUGACGUGAUAAAGUUCUCCCAGAACAAAGGCCUGGAGUGUGCCCGCAACAACGACCUCCUGGACAAGGACUCGGCUGCCCUCCUCUGGGACUUCAUCGUGCUGCUGUGUAGGCAGAACGGGACCGUGGUUGGGACUGACAUAGCUGAUCUGUUGCUGAAGGAGCAUCGCUCAGUGUGGUUGCCGGGCAAGUCACCUAACGAGGCCAACCUGAUUGACUUCAACAACGAGCCACUGGCACGGGCCGAGGAGGAGCCUGGGACGGGACCAUUGUCCCUCCUAUCAGACACCUUCAUGACUGUCCCCGAGAACAUAGGCAAGGAAACGGAGCGCUUCAGGGAACUGCUGCUAUUUGGUCGCAAGAAGGAUGCCCUGGAGGCAGCCAUGAAGGGAGCUCUGUGGGGCCACGCCCUGCUGCUGGCCAGUAAGAUGGACAGCCGGACACAUGCUCGCGUCAUGACCAGGUUUGCGAACAGUCUGCCCAUCAACGACCCUCUGCAGACAGUGUACCAACUGAUGUCUGGGAGGAUGCCCGCCUCAGCCACUUGCUGUGGGGAUGAGAAGUGGGGCGACUGGCGCCCCCAUCUGGCCAUGGUGCUGUCCAACCUGACCCACACUUUGGACCUGGACACACGUACCAUCACCACCAUGGGAGACACUCUGGCUUCCAAGGGGCUAACCGAUGCGGCCCACUUCUGUUACCUGAUGGCCCAGGUUGGUUUGGGGGUGUUCACCAAAAAGAGCACCAAAAUGGUUCUAAUCGGCUCAAAUCACAGUCUGUCAUUCUUCCAGUUUGCCUCUAACGAAGCGAUCCAGAGGACGGAGGCAUAUGAGUAUGCCCAGUCUCUGGGUUCCCAGCCCUGCUCCCUGCCCAACUUCCAGGUGUUCAAGCUGAUCUAUGCGUGUCGCCUGGCCGAGGCCGGGCUGUGUGCUCAGGCCUUCCAUUACUGUGAGGUUAUCUCCAGGAGCGUGCUCAUGCAGCCGUCCUACCACUCUCCUGUGUUCACCAGUCAGCUGAUGCAGAUGUCUGAGAAGAUGCGAUUCUUCGAUCCACAACUGAAGGAGAAGGCAGAUCAGGAGCUCUUCAACGAGCCAGAGUGGCUGAUUAAUCUGAGACAGCUGGAUGGACAGAUGAGGACUGGAGUGAUUGCAUACAAUGCAGACAGGGCUACUCCUCAGCAGUAUGACUGCAGCACCCCCAAUUCUGAGUUAGAUCAGACCAGCCCGCCUGAGCCAUAUGCCCAGCCUCUGGACAUGGUUGGCCACACCUCUGACAACCCUCUGAUGACAUCACUCAUGCCCGGACCACCUCAGCAAGGGGUGCAGCUGAUGCCUCCAGCUCCCCCAACUAUCCUCCAGGACGGAAUGGUCUCCCAGCCGCCACACCCCAAUGAGGGGGUCCAGUUCUACCCAGUACCCCCCAGUCUCCCUGGACCACCUGGCCAGAUCCCUUUAUCAGGGUUCCCUCCCCAAGGCUCUGGCUUUGUACAACCUUACCAACCCCAGCAGCCCCAACCGGACAAAAAGGACAUGUUUCCUGGAGCUCAGCACCAGCAGAUGGCGCCACCACAGCAUCAGCAACAGAUGAUGCCCCCGCAAAUGCAGCAGCCACAAAAGAUGCCCUCUGACAAUUAUCAGCCGACGGGUCCACCGGAACUACAGCCUCCUCCCAUGUCCACCUCUCCACAGAGGAACACCUUCACGCCUCAGAUGGACUUCUAUGACCAAAUGGCUCACAUGGGCCCAGGAAGAAGAUCCAGGACUACUUCACAGUCCUCAAUGCAAAUGCAGCCUCCAGGUCGCCGCUCCCGCACCAUCUCGGAAUCUUCCACACACUCUGGAGGACGAGAGAGGAGCAACUCGGCAGCCAAGCAGUCCUCUCCGCCUCCACCCUCCAUCCCUGAGCAGGCCAAGAAGGACUCACCUAAAAAGGGAGGGGGGGGUGGGGGUGGCGGUUGGCUCAACUGGCUCUAUAGGAAGGGGAAGAAUGAAGCCCACCUUCCGGAUGACAAAAACAAAUCUAUUGUCUGGGACGAGAAGAAACAGAAAUGGGUCAACUUGGAUGAGCCAGAGGAGGAGUACAAGCCCCCUCCUCCUCCUCCCUCGGGUUUCCCUAAGAUGCUGGGACCCAUACCGGGACAAGGGGGUCCUGGAGGUCCCCCUACUGGUGGGCCGCCUGUCAACAUGUUCUCCAGGAGAGCAGGUACAAAGAGCCGCUACGUGGAUGUCCUGAACCCAGGUGGACCCCGUGCCAAGCCCGGUGGAUCGGCACCUGCCCCGUCAGACUUCUUUGCCCCGUUGGCUCCCAUGCCCAUGCCAGCCAACCUGUUUGUGCCCGGGGCAGAGGAACAGCAGCCCAUGGUGGGUAAUGUCCCAGAGACAGGAGAGAACCAGGAACAGAGCGACCCUAACCCCAGUGCUGUGCCACAGAUGUUCAACCCAACAUUGUUACCGCCCGGUCCAGUGGGGCCCCCUAUUGCCGCUGGGUCCCCGUCAGGAGAGGUGCCCCCGACUCCGCAGCCUCUGCCCCAGGGAGCUCCACCCUCUGGAGGCGUGACGUUCUAUAACCCCGCCCAGUUUGCACAGGCGAGUACUCCAUCGGGACGGCUUCUGUCUGGGAGGUUGGGCGGUCAGAGGGCAUACCCAGUGCUGAAGUAGAUAUCCAGCCUAGUUCAUCCUAAAACAGACUAUGGGUUUAACCACCCCCUGGGAAGCGCAUAGACACCUCAACUCCCCCUCUGAUGGACCCCCCCUUACACCCAAGACGAACACUACCACCAGUACCAUCAUCGUCAAACGACUAUACCACUCUUUCACUAAUUAAAAAAAAAAGAAAGAAAAUGUGUUAAUUAUUUGCAGGCAAGAUUGUCAUAAAGGGCUUUUUCAUGUGUCCAAACUGAGUUAGUUGGUACAAUGGAUCUUAAUGCACAUACUUAGCUUGAUUAUACUGUAUGUAACAACCUACUGUGGAGACAGACAUGCUAGUGUGUUCAGCUCUUAGACAACAUUCCCUCUACACACAUGCUGAGACAAAGGACUGUUCUGGUCCUAUUUUUAUCUAUUACGUGUGUCUUUGGCCCCUUACGUGUAUUAGUGUGUAAAAGAGCGUAGCACUUCGGGAGCUCAGCUCACUUGUUUAUACUAGUGUAUAUGACUCUUCAGUGUUCCCGUACAUACACUGAAGGUACUGUAGCGCUGAUGUGUGUGGAGUAUCAGUAGUGCAAUGCCUGCUGUGUUCACUCUCCCUCAUUCAGAUGUGCUCAGGUGUGAUGUGGGGUCCAGCAGAGGCAAUAGGAGUGACUGUCACGCCUCGCUACCCUAGGAGUUUAGAAGUUUGAGUGUUGGAAUGUUCAUUUUAGAUAUUUAUAAAAUGUUGCUGCCUACCAACACCUCAUUAUCAUGCACAAAGGUCUUAAGUCUCAACUAGGCUUCCUCUCUCCCAACUGAGUUUAGAAGCAGGCCUUUAGAGGAACAAGGAGUGAGCUGGGAUUCAGGGGCCUCAUUUAUAAACCGUGCGUGCAUACAAUAUUCCCCAAAAUGUGCAUGCGGCAGUUUCCACGAUCAAGUUGGCAUUUAUAAAAAUGUAAUGUGUUGUGAGAAUGUGCUCAGCUCCCCGUUUAGACCAUGCGUACGCACAUCUACUAGUGGCUGAAAUAUUGUAUUGCAAGCUGGCAAGUAAGUAUUUUGUGCAAAUGGGGGAUAUGAUGAAAAGCUUAUUCAUAAAAAAACUAAAAACAGGACAACAUAACACAAAUGCAGCCAUUUGCCAUUAGUUAGACAAGCAAAAUUCUUUAUUUAAUCUAAAAUAAACAUUUGAAUCUUUCUAUUUUCAUAACCAUUGCAGAAUAAAUUUCUCACCUUUUUCUAGCCGUAAUAGGUUCAUAUUCAUACAACAAAUUAGCAUGUGCAUCUCUCAUUUAAUUGGACCUAGGAGCCUAGUAAAUAGAUGGGCUGUAUUAAAUUGUGCAAUCCCAUAAUCUAGCCUACAGUCAAAUUUAAAAGGUGAAGUUUCUUUUACAUUGAAGUAGACCUAUGUAUGCUACUGGUAGCCUGCCUUAGACAAUUUUUCAAAAUUCACGGCCAGUCCCAUCAUAUUUAGGUGAAAAGUCGAUGCAAAACAUUGUUGAAUUUAAACGUUCUGCUGACAGGUCCACAAUCUGCCAUUUGUUUUCUCUUUCAUAAACUGUAUUGGAACAUUCUGCCAACACAGUAGUUUAUGUAAAAUAUUUGUGUAUAGGUAAGCUAUUGUAUUGCUGUGAGAGAAGCACAACAUUGCCAAUUUAAAUCAGACCCUAUACUAAGGCAGGACAUUGUUUCUAUCUAUUGAAAAACAAAAUAUUGAACCAUUUCUAUUUUGCACUUUAGUGUGGGCUGUAGCAUUUAGCCUACUUUUAAAGUGUUUCAAAAUAUAGGCUACAAUCAACCUUGCAGACAUCAGGCGCUCGCUAUAUGCAUGUUUAGUUUGAAUAACUUCCAAAACAUUCUGCCCACAGAAAUGUGAUCAAAAUUGCAAUUGCCCAUUUUAGAUACUGCCAUGGCCUAAUUCAAAAUUAUACAGCAAAUAGUGUGUUAUUGUCACCAUAACAUUUGGAGGUGUUUUCCAGGCAGAGUUUUAAUGUGCACCAAAUGUAUGAAUCUAAAUAUUUUUGUACUCCCUCUGGAUUUUCAGAAAUGUGUCAUGCGGAAAUGUGUGAACAGUUAUAAAUGAGGCCCCAGGACUAUAUCGGUCAAGUCACAGAUGACACCCUAUUUCCUAUAUAGUGCACAACUAGGUGGCUCAGGUCAAAAGUAGUGCAUGCACUUUAUAGGGAAUAGUCAUGGUGUCAUUUGACUACCAUUUUUAAAUGUCAUUAAUCUAUCCAAAUAUUUAUCUGAUCGAUUGUAUUUAUGAGCUGUAGUCAUGAGCAAAAGUGUGGAGAGCAAUUAUUGUUUUUGCUGAUUUAGCUUUGAAAUGUCAUUAAUAGAUUAUAUAAUACCUGGAUUCACGUUUGUAACUGCUGCUUCUGCAGAUUAACUAGCCCAUCAUUAAAUACAUCUGUGAAAGGAGCAAAUUUUACUCAAAACUGCCAUUUCCUUUUUGAUUUUGCUGUUGCUUUUGUCAACUUUGUUAUCCAAAAUUCCUUGCUUCCCCUUUGUGUUCUUGACUUUGUUUCUGUGUUGAACACCCAAUAAUUUUUUCCAAAGGUCCCCUUUUUGUCUGAGAAAAGCUGUUGAUUUUUCCUGUUUUGGAAUUCAACCCUGUAAAAUGGUAAUAAAUAAAGAUAUCUUUGCGCUCUUUA